UGGAAGCUGGCUUUGAGUUCCAUGCAGGCCCACGUGGCCUCCCCCCGACCCAGCCCUGGGGGUCACAACAUCCAGCGCACGGAAGCCCAAGCUUCCGUACAGUAAUAUGGCAGCCCCUGAAGACGUCGCCCACAGCAGCGUCUGCCGUACAGAAUGGCCGCCCCUAGGGAGCGCCCCGCCCCAGCUCCGGCCUGACCUCCGGAAGUGCCUGUUUGAAACACCCGCCGCGGCCGACCUGGCGGGCGGAGUGGCAGUUGCUGCCGAGCAUGUUUUGAAACCGAGCGACGUGGACCAGAGUCAGGAGCCGCAGGAGCCGCUAGAGCCGCUGGAGCCGCAGGAGCCACUGGAGCUGCUGGAGCCGCAGGAGCCGCAGGAGCCGCUGGAGCCGCUGGAGCCGCUGGAACUGCAGGAGCCGCAGGAACCGCUGGAGCCGUUGGAGCCGCUGGAGCCUCAGGAGCCGCAGGAGCCGCAGGAGCCGCUGGAGCCUGGGGUCCAGCCGAGCCACCUCCUUGCCAUGGCCAGCGUGGUUAAGACUGUGCACACUCUGCAGCCCCGCCCGGUGCUGAGCAGCGGCCACCCCGCUGACGUGAAAACUCGAGGUGUCUCUAAGAGCCUCUUACCUGUCAAGUGCAAAGAAGUCGAUGUUUCCAAGCCUCUUUAUUCAGGGGCUUCAGAGAAUGAUGUCACAAAAACCAUCAAACUGAGACGAGAGACUGGGCAGGUGAAAGCUACGGAAGCUGCCAUCAAGAAGAACGUCAAAAAGGGGUGCAAACCAGAGGGGAAGCAGACGUCAGAGGAGGAACCCCUGGACAGAAACCAGCUCUCAGAGACCAUCAACAAGCAGUUGCACCAGAAGCUGACUGAGAUCCGGGGAGAACUGAAGAAGCUGACCCAACGGGUGGAGCUGCUGGAGAAGUUUCAGGACAACUGUUUGGCAAUUUUGGAGUGCAAAAGCGAUGACUCCUCAGGCUGUGAGGAGGCCCUGUCAGCCCAGCCAGAUUCCACCGCAGAUCACACGGACUCAAUGUUGCUGUUAGAAACUUUGCAAGAUGAGCUGAAGCUCUUUAACGAAACGGCCAGAAAGCAGAUGGAGGAAUUACAGGCCUUAAAAGUCAAGUUGAAGAUGAAAGAAGAGGAGCGAGCUCGGUUCUUAGAGCAGCAGACCUUAUGUAAUGGUCAGAUAAAUGAUUUCACAACAGUACUUGAAGAAAUAGAGCAGCUUUUAGAAAUGUGAUCAAAAGUAAGUGGCCAGAUGGCUCCUCUUGGGGAUAACCUCGCAGAGGAGCUGGUCAGGGCAUCCGCUUCUUGACCGUGACUUUUCGGGACUCAUCAUGAGAAUGAACCGUUUCCGCAGUAAGACUAAGGGCAGCAUAUGCCCAAACGACAGUUGCUCCUUUAAGUAAGUGUUCACAGUCUUCAGCUCUCCUGAACCUCUCACAAGUUGUGAAGGCCUGAAGAAGAGGGCCUGGGAGCUUGGCUCAACCAUGGAGACGUAAGCCAGCCACAGCCAGAGCAUCCCUCACACCAGACAGUGCAGGAAUAAAGCCGUAAUUGUACAGUGGAGCACAGGAGACAUCUUUGAUGCCCCUUCCCGUGUGGGACUCAUGGUCUUCUCUUGGUUGGGCGUCUGGAACCUAUUUUGAGUCAGACUCCUUGCCUCCGACUGCCAUGAAGACACAGGUAAGAAAGGAGCAGCC